AAAAAUAUACUUAGCUACUAAACGGCAGAUAAUGGAACCUUUAUAAAACGAACACUGGCGCUAUUCCACUCCAAUCCCCUCAGCAAAAUGAAGUUAUUAAUAUUAGUGUUGACCCUUUGGGUCCCCACAAUUUAUUGUCAAAGUGAUUGGUGGCAAACAGGACAGUUCUAUCAGAUUUAUCCGAGGUCAUUUAAAGAUUCAAAUGGUGAUGGUAUUGGAGAUCUUAAUGGAAUCCGAGAAAAGCUUCCCCACUUGAAAGAUAUUGGCAUCACAGCAGCAUGGCUUUCCCCAAUAUAUAAAUCACCAAUGAAGGAUUUUGGUUAUGACAUUGCCGACUUUAAGGCCAUUCAACCAGAAUACGGAACUAUGGCUGACUUCGAAGCACUUCUGAAAAGGGCAAAUGAACUUGGUAUUAAGUUGAUAAUGGAUUUAGUCCCCAAUCAUACAAGUGAUCUACACGAAUGGUUCCAAAAGUCUGUGAAUCGAGUUAAAGGAUAUGAGGAUUUCUAUGUAUGGCAUGACGGCUAUCCAGAUCCUAAGAAUUCAUCCAACCGACUUCCACCAAGUAAUUGGUUGUCAACGUUUCGCGGAAGCGCCUGGAAAUGGAAUACCAAACGCCAACAAUUUUACCUUCAUCAAUAUUUAGCUGAACAGCCAGAUUUGAAUUAUCGCAAUCCACUUGUAAUUGAAGCUAUGGAGGAUGUCCUCACUUUUUGGCUCGACAAAGGCGUUGCUGGAUUCCGUGUGGAUUCAGUACCAACAGUUUUUGAGGUUCAAGCUGACAGUAAAGGAAAAUAUCCAGAUGAACCAAAAAGUGGCUUCACCGAUGACCCAGAAAAUUCCGCCUAUUUGAAGCAUAUUUACACACAAGAUCAACCGGAAACCACCGAGCUUGUCUAUAGAACUCGAGCUUUUCUUGAUGAAUACCAACGGAAGCAUGGUGGCGAUACCAGGAUAAUUUUAACUGAAAUUUAUUCGCCUAUUGAUGUCAUAAUGCAGUAUUAUGGAAAUGGUACCAUUAAUGGGGCACAUAUUCCAUUCAAUUUCAAUUUUAUCACAAAAGUUAAUAAGGACUCCAAAGCGCCAGACUACGCUGCAAUUAUAUCCCUAUGGAUGGAUAACAUGCCGAAGCAGUACACUGCGAACUGGGUGAUUGGAAACCACGACAACCGACGAGUGGGUAGUCGCUACGGUCCUGAAAGAAUUGAUGCCAUGAACAUGCUGGUUAUGGUGUUGCCCGGAGCUAGUGUCACAUACAACGGUGAAGAAAUAGGAAUGUUGGAUGUUGAUAUAUCGUGGAACGACACGGUCGAUCCUGCUGCAUGCAAUUCAAAUCCUCAAAUCUAUCAACAAUUUACACGGGAUCCGGCAAGGACACCCUUCCAAUGGGACGACUCCAAGAAUGCAGGUUUCUCGACAGCUAACAAAACAUGGCUUCCCAUUCACCCCAACUAUAAACAAGUCAAUGUUAAAGCGGAGCAAGCCGCGGCAAGAAGCCAUUUGAAAGUCUACAAGGAUUUAGUACAACUUCGAAAAACAUCCAAAACCCUACAACGUGGUGAACUCAAAUAUAAGGCUCUGAACGAUAACGUACUUGCCGUCCAAAGGAGUUUGUCAGGAUCGAACACAAUACUUUUAUUAAUGAAUGUGUCAGACAAGUCGCAAGCUGUGAAUGUGCAACAAUGGUCACCCACAACCCCUUCUUCUAUGAAGGUCCGGAUCGCUUCGGUGCAGUCAAAGAGAAAUGCCAAUGAAACCCUGAAGGUGUCAUCAAUCAUCCUUGAUCCCUAUGAAUCACUGGUUUUGGAAUAGCUCCUUUCGGCAUAGCUUAUAGGAACAUGU